GAAAAAAAAACGUGUGGGGCUCGUGCAGCUGCUAGUCCAUCCUCGAGCUCUCCUCGAGCAGUUCAGACAAGCCCUUCGCGCGCUCCUGUCCACCUCUGUCCCCGCCACAGAACGGUGCCCUCUGUCUCUGUCUCUGUCCGGAUAAACGAGCUCUUCUCUUUGCUGAGAGAACACAGCCUGAGGAACCAUGGAGGCCAUCAAGAAGAAAAUGCAGAUGCUGAAGCUGGAUAAGGAGAACGCGAUAGACCGGGCAGAGCAGGCUGAGGGGGACAAGAAGGGAGCAGAGGACAAAUGCAAACAGCUGGAGGAGGAGCUGCUGGGUCUGCAGAAGAAGCUGAAAGGAGUGGAGGAUGAGCUGGACAAAUACUCAGAGUCGCUGAAGGAUGCCCAGGAGAAGCUGGAGCAGGCAGAGAAAAAGGCAGCAGAUGCUGAGGCAGAAGUGGCAUCUCUAAACAGGCGUAUCCAGCUCGUAGAGGAGGAGUUGGACCGAGCUCAGGAGAGACUGGCUACUGCUCUGCAGAAGCUGGAAGAGGCUGAAAAAGCUGCAGACGAGAGUGAGAGAGGAAUGAAGGUCAUAGAGAACAGAGCAACAAAAGACGAGGAGAAAAUGGAGAUCCAGGAGAUGCAGCUGAAGGAGGCCAAACACAUUGCUGAGGAGGCCGACCGCAAAUAUGAAGAGGUUGCACGUAAACUGGUGAUCCUAGAGGGAGAUCUGGAGCGUUCAGAGGAGCGUGCUGAGGUGGCUGAGGCACAAGUGAGGGAGCUGGAGGAGGAGCUCCGACAAAUGGACCAGAAUUUGAAGUCCAUGGUGUGCGGAGAGGAAGAGUACUCACAAAAGGAGGAUAAAUAUGAAGAAGAAAUCAAAGUUCUUACUGACAAAUUGAAAGAGGCUGAGACCCGUGCUGAGUUUGCAGAGAGGUCUGUGGCCAAGCUGGAGAAGACCAUUGAUGAUUUGGAAGAGAAACUGGCCCAAGCCAAAGAAGAGAACCUGGACAUGCACCAGGUGCUGGACCAAACCCUCCUGGAGCUCAACAAUCUAUAGAGACCUCUUCAGAGCUACAUGGAGGGCAGCCAGAAGGAUACAGCAAAAUAAAUGAAUCAAUACAUUUUCAAAGAAUCUCCCACCUAAAGAUUCCAGUGUACACCCUUUCAGAUGGAAUUUUGUUGUAACAUCAACAGUUCUAGUAAAACAAGAUGUGCAAGGUGUGCAGUGAUGACCAGCAAAGUGUCUAUUUCAAACUGAAAGCUAUUUUGUGUGCACCAGAAACUGCAUACACUGUAGAGUUCCUCAUGAAUGAAACUUUCCUGGCAUGCACAAGAGGUCAUCAACACAAGUUUGUCAAGUUGAAUCAAGAAAGGUUUCUCAUGUUUGACCAAACAUGAUGAAUCCUUUCUCCUUGAAUAUAUUAAUAAAUGUAACCAAGCCCACCUCUAUAUCUUUUAAGGAUAAGGAUGAGAAACUUCAAGUUAUAUGAGACACUCUCUUUCACACAGCAUAGCUUGUAGCACUGGAAACCUGAUGAUCUGAUGAAACCUGAUCUUUUUCCAUCAGUCGAUGAAGUAUGAUACAGGAAUUUCAAAGACCCAUUUUCACUUCCCAUUUUCGUGCUAACACCUAAACAAAUCUGAACUAUAAUGAGGGCAGAUCAGAAAACGCUCAAAUGAUUUUAGUUUGUUUGUUUUAUAGUCAUUUGUAACAGUUAUGAAAGGCACUGAGAAAUUCUGUUUGAUUGGACACGUUCAAAUGUCUUCUAUGUACUUUGUGGAGCAACAUUUAAGUUGUAUUACCUUCAAACAUACACAGUGCUUUCCUGUGUAUUUGAUUUUUGAGUAUUUGAGUAUUAUGCACUUCUUGAUUGGCUACAUUAUCUUAACACCUCCAUCUUUUCAAUGAAGUUACAUUUUAUGUCAAACUUUGAAUAAAUCUCUUAUAUACAUUUAGAAAAGGUUAAUUCCUGAAAUAAUAUCAGAAUUCCAUGACAGACUUUUUACAGUGAGAUUGUACUUUGAAACAUACGUACAGUACAACGUCUGUUUUUCUGUGCCAGAAGGUUCUAAUGUGCUGUUAACAAACUGAUCAACAGACACAAAUAAAUAAUAAGCUGCAAUCAUUUCUGUCUGAAUGCAAGUGUGCAAAUGAUUCAUUCAUGAUCAGAAUGUUUGUUUUAAAUUUGGCAUGAAAUAAAGUCGUUGCAUUACCCAA